AUGGGUGAUGAUUCAAAAGGUGUGUUGAUGUUGCUGUGUGCUUCUAGUUCCAAGGAGGAUCGACCCUCUCAUGACUAUUUUGUCCUUAUUACCCUUAAAAAAUUGGAUGGAUCCAAUUAUGCCUCUUGGUCACGUAGUGCACUCCUUACGAUUACUAGUUGUCGUAUGGUAGGAUUUAUCAAUGGGAAGAAGCUCCAAAGGAAGACUUUAAUGAAUAUGUUGAAUGGACAGAAGACAAUUGUUUGA